AGUGGUUAAGAUCGUUAAGAGUGUAAAAAGUAGGAAAAAAAGAAGAUUUAUGUUAAAAACCUUAAAAAAAGUGUUAAAAGAAUUUUGCUACUAAUUAGUAUUAUUAAUAAAAAAAACUAGUUUUACUACAAAAAAAUAAACAUUAACCGAACAAAUUAUUUACAAAAACAACUGAAAGUGUGUGGUGUUAAUUAAUAAAACAAUUAAAAAAAUAUUUAUUAAUAAAUUUUAUUUCACAAAAAAAAGGAAUUUUUUUAUUAAAAUAUAAAAACAAAAUGUUUAAUGUACAAGAAUUAAUGGAAUAUCGUAUGCAGCAACAAAUUGCUCAAGAAAUUUAUCGUCAACAAAUUAUGCAACGUAUACCAGAUCCCUUUCCCCAAAUGUUGCCCUUGGGCAUGCCAGCACACCAUAUGAUGGUGCCAGCUCCUCGUCCCACACUGCCCGGCAAUGUUGAAGCCAAAUUGGAAAAUAAUGAUUUAUGGCAGCAAUUUCAUAAGAUCGGCACUGAAAUGAUUAUCACCAAAAGUGGAAGACGUAUGUUUCCUUCUAUGCGUGUCUCGGUUAAGGGUUUGGAAGAAGAAUCCCAAUAUUGUGUUCUAUUGGAAAUGGUUCCCAUUGGUGAUUGUCGUUAUAAGUUUUCGGGCUCCCAAUGGGUGCCAGCCGGAGGAGCUGAACCUCAAUCGCCUCAAAGAAUGUUUUUACAUCCCGAUAGUCCUUCAACCGGUUCACAUUGGCAAUCUCAAACUAUAUUAUUCAAUAAAGUCAAAUUGACUAACAAUACCAUGGAUAAUAGUGGUCAUAUCGUUUUGGCCAGCAUGCAUAAGUAUCAGCCUCGUUUGCAUAUAAUUAAGACAUCCGAUUUGUCUCAAUUACCCUGGGCUCCUCAGCAAAAUUAUGUAUUUCCUGAAACCGAAUUCAUAGCUGUGACCGCCUAUCAGAAUGAUCGUAUAACAAAAUUGAAAAUUGACAAUAAUCCCUUUGCUAAAGGUUUUCGUGAGACUGGUCAAUCAAAAUGUAAAAGAAAAAUGAUGUCUUCAUCAUCCUCCUCCACCUCUUCGUCGUCAAGUCAGCAUGAGGAAAGUGAUGAUUGUUUGUCGAAAUCUGAAGAUGAUCGUUCAAGUGUUUCCAGUUUUGAUUCACCACCGCAACAGAAACGUUUGAGAUCUUUAGAAUCUUCAGAUGAGGAAAGUUCUCCUCAAUCAUUACGCUAUGAACAGUAUUUGUUGGCUCAACAUAAGCAACAACAACAACAGCAGCUACAAGCUCAAUAUAUGAAUUCUCCCACUUCGUCGUUUUAUCAUCCUCAUCAACAGCAAUUGGCUUCUUCGCAAUUUAUGCAGCAACAUUUACAAUCUUUAAUCAUGGAUCCUUUAAGAUAUACCCUACCUUCUCAUGCUUUACAAAUGCCAGCUAACUCAGCCGUUUCUUCUACAUAUCAUCCUUCCUCAAAUCACCAAGAAACUAAAUCUUUAGCCUCUUCUUCAGCACCUUCUCCCACACCCUCCAGCUCAUCUUCUGCAUCAUCUUCAUCAUCCUCUUCAGUUGAAACUUCGUCAGCACCAGCACAGCCUGCUUCUCAAAAGAGAAAUAAUUUUAGUAUUUCCGCUAUAUUGGCUUAUUAAGAUCAUUGAAAAAGAGACGAAGAGCGAGCGCGAGAGAGAAAGAUCAGAAGAUCGUUAAAUCAAGAUUUAUGUUAAUUUUAAUUGUGAUGAUUUAUGUAUGCUGUGCAUCGUUAUUUUGAUUUAUAUUUUUAAGUUAUGAUUUAUAAUUGUUAAAGAAAGAAAUUGUUAAAUUAUUUUUAUUGUACAUUUAAGUUUAGUAAGUAAGUCAAACAUUGUAAAUUAGUUUGUAAGUUUAACUUUUGGAAAUGUUUAUAAUAAAAAAUCAUUAAGAAAUAA